AUGCAAUCCAUUUUCACUACUGAAGCUAGGGCCUCCGGUUCUAUGGAGUUGCCUCCACCGGCCAGUACGCGCACCCACUCCACUCCCUCGAGCUCCAUCGGAGACUUCCUCGGAAACGCUCGCGAGAGCAGGCAUGACCGCCGCCUCUCAGUGUCGUCCUUCGACGGCGACGCACCUCCGUCAUACCAAGACGUGGAAGCACUCCCUCUCCCAUCAUACUCCGAAAGGGGGCACAAAGAGCCAGUGACUCUCGCUAUGUAUCUCUUCAAAUUUGGGUUUCUGUUCCCGCCAUUUUGGAUCCUUGGUGCUUGCAUCCUGAUGUCGGAUCUGCAAACACCAGAAGCUCCAUCAUUCGACGAGCCCGAGCAUCUUGCUUGGCUCCCGGAUAAGACGCAAGCAGAGCGCGACGCCAUCGUACAGGAAAUGAGGCGCGUAGAGCUUAAAUGGGCGAGGAGGUGUCUUGCCGCAUCCAUCAUCAUCUGCACACUCCUGCUCGCCGGUGGCCUUUUAAUAUGGGCUGUUCUCCAACAAUAA